AUGGCCAAACAAGCUCUUGUCACUACAGGUGCUACAGUGACAUUUAGUAAGUUAAUCGAAUUUUCACUUGCCACUGAAUAUGUGGCAGAGUUGAUGGAUCUAGGAUAUACAGACUACGUUGUUCAGUAUGGGAAAUCCGAGGGUGCAAAACAGUUGGUUGUGGGUCUAUUGGAGAAGAUCAAGAGGAAAUUCGAAUUGGGGUCGAAUAGGGAAUUACAAGAGGAGGAGAACGGACAAUUGAAUUUGACCGUUAUACACGAGUCAAACAAACUUCACAUUAGAUGCAUACGGUACGACAAAGACAUUGCAUCGAAGUAUACGGCCGAAUCGAAUUUAGUGAUAUCGCACGCAGGAACGGGAUCAAUUUUAGAUUCCGUCAGACUGGGCAAAAAAUUAAUAGUGCUGAUUAACGAUUCAUUAAAGGACAAUCAUCAAUUGGAGAUAGCGCAAGCUUUUGAGGAACUUAACGUGUUAAAGGUGGCUAAAGGGAACCUUAAAGAAUUUGUACAGUUGACCAAGAAAAUGGAAAAUUGCCAAUUUGAAAAAUUAGCUCAACCCAAGGGAUGGAUUUUGGAGGAAGUGCUACACAGUAUUUGGAAUCAGGGUCAAGAUAACCACCGUUUAAGUAAGUAG